UCCAACCACUUCUGUACUGGAACCAAUGCAAUAAUAUGCACCUCCAUAACAAAGCCUGUGUGGAGUCCUGAGAGCAGUGGGGAAAACAGAGGCUGCAAAUGUAUGGGCUGCUGUUCAGCCUUUAAAAAAAAAAGAGGUUUUAGAAGAGAGGAUCUAAGUUGGAGGUUUGCUUUUAUUUGUUCCGGAGCAACGGGAUAGUUUUGCCAACACGUGUGUAUCCAUGUAAUUUGCUCUCUCCGUUGUGAGUAAGUGUUUCGCAUCCUGGUGCGGGGCUGUGAGAGGACUGCGCAUCACCAGAGUUGGUGCCGAAGUUCGGCCGGGAACGGAUGUGAGGGAAGCGUGUACCGAGUAAAACUCACCCACUUCUUUUCUUUCUUUUUUUUUGGUCGCUCCUGCUUUGGCGUUGUGUUUGCUGAGACAAUAGUGAGUCAAAGACGCUGAAAGUGAGUUCAUGCCUUCGAUCUCGCACAACCUGAGAUGGACGUGAGAUUUUAUCCUGCGCCCCCGGCUAAUGUGGGUUCAUGCUCCCUACCGACUGAUCCAAGUUGUCUGAGCUCGUUGGACUAUUACCACUCGAACAAGGCCCGGUACAGUGUGGGUGAACGAGGGGUUAGGCUCCACACUGCCCCUCCUCCAGGCAUCAAUCCAGCUAGGAAAAGACUGCCCACUGCUGUGUUUGAUGGUGACAACAUGUACAUGAAUGACAAUAACCAAGAGUUUCGGUCACCAAACCAGAGCUACUCCAGUCAGGGUAGAGGCAGCAGUGGUGGUGGAGGAGCAGGGGAUGAAGACUACGAAAUCCCCCCCAUCACACCCCCGAACCAUGCCGACCCUUCUCUGCUGCACCUCAUGGAGCACGAGUCAGGUUACCCCUUUCACUCCCUGCCUCACAACGGCCUGCUCAACACCUACUCCUAUCCCGAGCUGCCCGCCCUCAUGAUGUCCAACAUGCUGGGUCAGGACACCCACCUGCUCUCGGGGCCUAUGCACUCAAUAAGCAGUGAGAAGCGGGCCUCAGCAGAAAUGAUGAAGCCCAAACCCAAACCCCAAAAGAAGAAGAAGAAGAAAGACCCCAACGAGCCACAGAAACCUGUGUCGGCCUACGCGCUCUUCUUCAGAGACACCCAGGCGGCCAUUAAGGGCCAAAAUCCCAACGCCACCUUUGGGGAUGUCUCCAAGAUUGUGGCAUCAAUGUGGGACAGCCUAGGAGAGGAACAGAAGCAGGCGUACAAGAGGAAAACCGAGGCGGCUAAGAAAGAGUACCUGAAAGCCUUGGCCGCGUACCGUGCCAGUCUGGUUUCCAAGACAUACAAUGACCCUGAACCAAAAAGUGCCCAGCAGACCAGCCAGCCCUCCCACCUGCUGCCCCCGAAGCAGCCUCUGUACAGUGUGCCCCCUCAGCCCUCCUCACCCUACAUGGGCCCGCCGGGCUCCUUUCCCCUGUCGGACAUCCAGAGCUAUGCCGGGCCGCCCCGCCACACCCUGGCCCAGACCCUCAGCCAAUCCCAGAUGCUGCCGCCCAGCAUGAGUGCCUCUCCCCCAGCUCCCUUCCAGAUCAGCCCACCUCUGCACCCCCACGCCCAACUCUCCCUGCACCAGAGCUCCCUGCUCAACCAGCCAAUCCGCAUGCAGCAGUCGCAGCCAAUCAUCUCACACCAAAUGGGGCUCCAGGCGCCACUGCAUUCCCCUCCUCUCAGCCAACAGGGAUUCUCCCAUAUUCAGGCUGAUUACCAGAACAGUGUCGGGGGCUCACAGUCUCCAGGAGCCCCUAACCCAGUGCACGGCCAGAACCCCGACUGGGAGAGCGAGUACUGCAACAGGGACUGUGGACCCAACCACUGCGGCAGUGGCAUGGGAGCUCGGGACAAGCCUCUCUACCUCACUUGAAGUUGAAAGACCUCCAAAUGGCAGACUCCUGGGAGCUUUCCAACAUAACAACAACGUCAUCGAUGUAUCUGCUUCUACACCAUUCAGUUUUCUUUUGUUUUUGUGACGGAUUUAGAAAAUCCCAAAGACUGCUACAGUAACUUCACCUAUUUGCCAAGCACUUAGAUCGGCCAGAAGCCUGAGGCACUUCUCUUGCUUUUUUUUCCUUAUCUGUGAACUUUCCUUUUUUUUUUGCCGGGGCAGUGAGCUUUAAGCUCAUGCCAAAAUACUGGAAAUGAAGACCAAAAGAAAAUGUCUUCUCAUUUUGAUUUGAAUUUUUUAAAAGAUGCUUUCUCUUCACUCCAUUACUCUGUGUUUGCCAUGGACUGCCCUCAUUGUGGAGAUGAAAUGCUCUAAGCAUACUCAAAGCGUAGGGAUCUUGGGUAGAAAGCUAAUGCAGGAAACUAGAAUUUAGUCACCUCAGCAGGGGUGGAUGUACUUCAGGACAGAAUGAAACACCCCGCCUGAGUGAAAGCAAAGCAAAAUUUUAAUGAAGAUAGUCACAGAUACUUGAGACAUUUGUAAAUCAUUCUUGCCCCUAGUAAAGGACUCCUCAUUUCCUUUCUUUCUCACAGAGUGAUUGUAAAUAUCACCAAAAUGGAACCCUCUUAUGUGUGUAUUUAGCUGCAGUCCCUUGCUUUCCUUUUUUAAUGCUUUCUUUCUUUAAUUCUUUUUGUUUGGUUAUGUGAUUUUCGUGCAGGCGGAUUCAGUGAGGGAAUACACACACUAAAAGUUGUGUUGAAACUGUGUUCACUGGUCUUGUUUCUCUCCAAAACGAGAGAAAAAAAGCAAAGACUGAAAAACGCUCCAUUUCCUCUUUUAACUGGCGGAGCUCUGAUAGAGAGUGCCACUCUCUUCACAUGGCCUCAGGACGUUACAGAACUGUAGAGGUCAAAGGUUGAUACCUCUCCUUUUAGCUCCUCCUCCUCUUGGUCAAUAAGGACCGCCCCCACCUGUAACCCCCGACACCUACCCUUAGUCCAGACACCACUUGUACAGGUGAAUAAAAAAAAAACGUUGCUAAAUGUGAAAUGUUACUAAAGAAAAAAAACAUAACAGUGGGUUUUAAAGUUUUUGACUAGUUUUAUUAGGUGUUUUAGAAUUGUGUUGAACUCAUCUUUAUCAUUUUUUGUGAAGAAAAAAAAUCUGAAGACAUUUUGUUUUUUCACUGUAGCAGGAUUUGCGUUUGGAGGAAAAGUCAUGGGGGUAGAUAUUUUAAUUUUGUGUAUAAACCUGCCAAAUGUACUUCUUUAAUUUGUAAAGCCAGUGCUGAGAGAACCCAUUUUGUUUUGUUGAAUAUCAUAUGUUUUACAAUAUGGUCAUUCUAUUUAAUUUGGUUGCAGGUUUCACAUCUAUUUAUGAAUGAUAUGAAGUAAUAUUUUGGCUUUUUUUCAUCAGGGUGCAUUAUUAUUAUUAUCAUUAUUAUUAUUAUUAUUAUUAUUAUUAUUAUUGA